AUGGAUCCGCGUUUCCCGGUUUCCCGUGACGAAUUCUACAGUGUCCAAAUGGACGUCAAGCAGAUGCAGAUGAUACAGAAUAACCAUGCUGAACGAAUUUCUCGGUUGGAGAAGCACCAAGCUAACGAUGCCGCGCUCAAAUCUGUUUGGAAUUCGCCGUUUCCCAGCGCUCUAAGCGGUACGCCACAGCAUGGGCCACUUCAAAUGCCUCCAAACGAAAUUUUUGACGAUUUUGAGGAGCAGGGCCAGAGUCUUCUGGGAAGUUUGCACUUGGAUACUGAAGAUGAACCGGCAAGGCGCGGCGCGGCUUCUAGAGCGAAUAGUGUUCGCUUCGAUGAGAGUGCUCUCCAGGGUUCGAGUUGGGCGCAAAACGGUCGUCAUUCAGGCGACUUCGGUCCAAUCAGACCCGGCAGCGGCCUUGGCAACCAUAACAUGAUGGAACGUUCUCUGUCUCACAAGUCGGAUGGCAGGCAUAGCUCUGCCGGCCAUUCGGUCCAUUCGGUCCACUCUCAUCAUUCUAUUGCCUCCGGACGCGGAAGUAGCUUAGGUAUAGACACUACGUUUACACCCGCCGGUCAAGAUGACGAUUCUCCGAUUGGAAUUCCAGAGCCACCGCCGAGCCUGUUUGUGUUGGGUUCCGUGCCCUCAAUUAUCCGAUGCUGGCUGGCUCCUAAUUUUGCACACGAUACUCUACUCUACGCAGUCGUGUGCACCGGGUCGCAGAAGUCGGUUGUCGAAUUUUCUUUGAUCAAAGAAUUGGAUUUGACACGUGAUAUUCAUCGCGAUCUGGAUGGUGUUCACCGAAUCCGUUUACCCGUGUACUUGACAGAGGCAACCGUGUCGCAACCGAAUUCUCGAGGAAUGAGUCCAGCUCCGCAGAUACCGAGUUUGACGUGCACGUUCGAAGUAGCAGGGGUAGAUCUGCCCGACAAUAUCGAAGCCAAAAAGACUAUCCGCACCUUUAUUGGUAGCGAGGCACUGAGAGAGCAUUGUGCUGAUAUUCUGUUCUCGCAGAACCGUAUGACACUGUACAGUAGCGAACGUGAGAAACUGUCUGUACCCUUCGUCCGCCCCGAAGAUAAUGGCAUCUUCAAGCAUAUUCGUACGAUGGCCAUCUUCCCCGAGAAACCGAAGUUGAACGCCACAGCGCGUCCAUUUGUCUUGGGAGAAGCCAAGUCACAGGCAACUACGGCCACGGAAUCUGACAGAGCUCAGACGAGAGAGAUGCACGGCGAGGAUGACGCCCGAGCACUUGCAUCGCCAUCUUCAGAACUAGCAAGCCAGCAGGCUGCAACUACUGGGGCAAGUAGCAUAUCAGAGAGCGGCGGUGAAAGUGAGAGGCACUACAAGGAGAUGAGUAGCUCGGAGUCAGGUACGAAGGAGCCCCAAGUUCAGCCGAAUGAUGCACCAGGAGACCAUCAGCGGCGAUCCUCAGCGGCAGGGAGCAUCUGGAAUUCGUGGCGCCACGGACCUGCUCUGAAUGGCAACGAACAAAAGGAUGCUUCCCCGUUGAGUGGAUAUCAACCUGCUGGGCGUGGAGUUCGGAGUAUGAAAGUUCUGAAGUCGACAAAGUCAGCGGCAUCAUCCUCGGCACGAACGGGGACGUCUUACGAACCAGCUUCGACGCCCAAAAGUAGCGCCGAACCUAGACGUAAGAGCCAUGUUGGGGCAGAUAGUGUCAGCAAUAGCAGUACUAGUAUCCGAUGGGAAUCGAAGCGAGCGGUGUCUAGUAGCGUGGAACCGAAAGCGAACACAACUACGCGUGAGGCUCGAAGCGCAUCGGGAACGCCGCGUACUUCUACAAACCCUAUUGGUAGCGCAUCAGCUUUUUCGUGGAUGAGCUCGUCGGGCAAGCCCAGAACGCCGACUGCAGCAGCUGAGUAA